CGGUUCUUUUGUGGCCCUCGUGGUGGCCUUUGCUCUACUUUCUUUUUGUUUCUUGUUUUUUGUUUGAGUUUUCUCAGAUCUAGGGGCCAACAAGCCAAUCAUGAAGAAUUUCGGGACUGGCCGCCGCUUACUUUAAAGUUCUAACCUCGGCAUCCUGGAGAAUGGGGGUCAUUUAUGCGAGAGUAGACGGAAUGGUGUCUAGAUCUUUGGAACGACCAACCAAAGGAAGCUGUCAAUCUGUCUCCUUAACGGUUGAUUGUGUGGAAUGCUCACUGCCCUUCUUUAUCUGUUUAUGUUGAACUUGAUCUAUUUUCCAUUUUUUCUUCAAUUGUACUUAAUUUGUUUGUAAUUUCAUUUAUGUCAUCUGAAUUUCUUUAUAGAUGCCGUAUGGUUUUAUUGAAAUGAUAAACAUUUAACUGAGU